AUGAGCGUGGAAGGCUGGGGACCCGGCCGACCGUCGCCCAACCUCUGUCUUUCUUGCUCCGGCUGGCGACUCGAAGGUGGCCUUGUUACCAUCUCGGUGCUCGCUCAAAGCCAAUCGCUGCCAGCACAGGGCGAUCGACCCACUUCUCUGCCGGCAAGUUGGCUUACUGGCUCUGCUCUACCCCGCGCGCUGCCCCGCGCUCCGGCUCAAAGCCAAGCUCUGGCAGCUUCGAGCCGCAAACGUUUGGGAACAGCUGCUCGCGGCUCGGACGCAGCCCUGCUCCAUUGCCGCGCAUGGCCAGGCAUCCUUUCUUCGUCCGCGGUCCACGCUCGAGCCUCGGUCGCUCUCGACGUUCCCCUGCUGCUGCCCCGCCCUGCCCCGCCUCGUCCGCCAGCCCCGCCCGUCGCCUACUUGAAAGUCCAACACAACUUUGCCGGCUCUUCCAUCCCCACCACCUCCUUCCAACCACCUUCCCUCCAUCUUCAGCCCAUCUCUUCGUCGGUUUACCACAUCGACAGACGGAUCCGCAGGCGUAUCCACGUACGCGUGUCGACGGCGACCGAACGGCUCCGGCACGCUUUGAGAAGCCGGAUGCCUCGCCUCGUCUCGCAAUCCACUCUGGCUGCAUCGCUUCGAUCCACCUCCACUCGAUCGAUCUCCACCUCUGCUCUUCCCCGAGCCACUGCUGUCGCUGCCCGCUCCGUCGGCCAGCUCGCCAACAAGUCCGUUCUUGCCCAGCUUCCCCGAAGCGCCGCCUUCUCCACCUCCGCUCGCGCCAUGGGUGGCCACGCCGGUGUCGGAAAGGGUGAGGACAAUGUCCGCCCUCCCCCCGACCAGGUCCUCCAGGACAUUGCCGACUACGUGCACAACUACAAGAUCGACUCCCAGGUCGCCUACGACACUGCGCGCCUCUGCCUGCUCGACUCGUUGGGAUGCGCCAUGGAGGCCCUCCGCUUCCCCGCUGCUGCCAACGUCUGCGGCCCCGUCGUCCCCGGCACGGUCGUGCCUAACGGCGCCCGUGUGAUUGGCACCAACUACGAGCUCGACCCCAUCCGCGCCGCCUUCAACAACGGCGCGCUCAUCCGAUGGCUCGACUUCAACGACACCUGGCUCGCCGCCGAGUGGGGCCACCCCUCGGACAACAUUGGCUCCAUCCUCUCGGUCGCCGACUGGAUCAGCCGCACCAACAUCGCCAACGGCAAGAAGCCCCUCACCGUCGAGGACGUGCUGACCGCCGCCAUCCAGGCUCACGAGAUCCAGGGCUGCCUCGCCCUCGAGAACUCGUUCAACCGCGUCGGUCUCGACCACGUCGUCCUCGUCAAGGUCGCUUCGGCCGCCGUCGUCUCCAAGAUGAUCGGCAACACCCGCGACCAGACCGUCGACGUCGUCUCGCAGGCUUUCGUCGACGGCCAGUCGCUGCGUACCUACCGCCACGCUCCCAACGCCGGCUCGCGCAAGUCGUGGGCUGCCGGUGACGCGUGCUCGCGUGCCGUCAACCUCGCACUGCUCGUCCAGAAGGGCGAGCAGGGCUACAACUCGGUGCUCACCGCCAAGACCUGGGGCUUCUACGACGUGCUCUUCAAGGGCAAGGAGUUCAAGUUCCAGCGCCCCUACGGCUCGUACGUCAUGGAGAACGUGCUAUUCAAGCUCGUCCCCGCCGAGUUCCACUCGCAGACCGCCAUCGAGGGCGCCAUCGUGCUCCACGGCAGGAUGCAGAAGAACGGCAAGACCUCGGACGACAUCAAGCACGUCACCAUCAAGACGCAGGAGGCCGCCGUCCGCAUCAUCUCCAAGUCGGGCAAGCUCAACAACUACGCCGACCGUGACCACUCGCUCCAGUACAUCACCGCCAUGGGCCUCAUCAACGGCAAGCUCGACCCCGAGGACUACUCGGACGAGGUGGCCAAGAACCCCAAGAUCGACGAGCUGCGCGCCAAGAUGUCGGUCGAGGAGGAGGCUCGCUACACCACCGAGUACCUCGACCCCGAGCUCCGCUCCAUCGGCAACAGCGUCGAGGUCACCUUCAACGACGGCACCACCGACUCGAUCGCGCUCGACUACCCCGUCGGCCACGCCCGUCGCCGCGACGAGGCCAAGCCGCUCAUCAAGGCCAAGCUGCAGAAGCACCUCAAGGGCUUCUUCCCCGAGGCGCGCCAGUCCGAGAUCGUCGCCCUGCUCGAGGACCACGCCAAGCUCACCAAGCUCCCCGCCAACGAGUUUGUCGACCUCUGGGUUCGCGACCAGUAA